AUGAAGGACGCAUCUGAUACUAUUCGAGCUGUCCAGAGCGGCCUGGAGCCGUACAUUAAGCCUCGGGAGCAGGUCAAUUACAUUCGACGCAUUCUGGCCCUGCAGUUGGGCUCCUACACUAAUGACAAGAAGCUGCCACAACCAUUAGCACUCUCCAAAACACCGCAUGAUUUUUCAGGUGCUAUUUCAGAAGCCAAAGGUGUCCAUAAAGAGUAUCUUCAGGCUCUGAAAGAGAAUGAAGCUGCCCGUAGAGCUUUUGAGGAUGUGCUACAGACCAAACCCAAGCAGGACUCAAGUGUAUCACCCAGUGCUGGCACCGGAGGAGAGUUCUUAGAAGAACAGCUAGCAAUACUCAAGCUUCGGCGAAAACGAGAAAAGUUCCUGGCUAUACAGCAAUGUAUAGACGACCUCUUCGAGAAGCCUGCCGCCCUGCCGUCAUAUUUGGAUGCAGACAAUCUUUUUGCCGGGGCAGCCCAGCUUCCAACUGUUCCAAGGGAAAUAGUCGAAAGUUUAGCUGUUGAGGGGAGCAAGGCAGGCUCGGAUCCUAAAGCCCGGGAAGUCAACAUGGAGAAGACGAUUCUACGCGCGAAGCUGCUCCUUAGAGAAGAACAGGAUCUUCUUCAAGAGGCGCGGUCAAGUUCAAGGAGUAACCCUGAUGUUCUCAGCAAUGCUGCCAAGGCCACUGCAUUGGACGCAACGCGAAAUGAACUCAUCGGCUGGAUGGAGGCGGAACUCGGCGCCGCAGGUUCAGAGGAGCCAAGCGGAGGUGUUCAACUCGGUGACCUCAAAGCAACUCAAGCUGCGCUCGCCAAUGAUUUGGCUCAAAUCGGUCAGAGAUAUGCCCUAUAUUGCAGUUUGAGGAAAGAUAUACUGGCACUGGUAUCGCAGUCACCACAGCCGGCGAUCACACCCGAUCUCCAGCAUAAAUCGUCACCGCAUAUUGCCCAGCCCGAAAAUCCCGACAUUGACUACCUUCUUACUCCGUAUAUCACAAAACUGUUAGCUCUUUCCAAGACUCAAAAGGCCAUGAUCAGUCAAAAGGCACACAUCAAUUCCACGCUUGGCCAGUAUACGAAGGACUCUGGCCAAAUAUUUGAUCGUCUUGCUGAGGAGAGCCAGUUGCUCCCUGCACAUCACAACGACACAGACUCGCGACCAGGGCUGACAGAUCCGCUAUCUAAGAGUUCGCAUUUUCCCGAAGCCACAAGUCGAAUCACACCAUGGGUGCUUGCUGCUGAUUCCGCCAAGAUCAGCAAUCUUGAGUUGGUUGCAGAGACCAUGGAGGGCGGUCACAUUUUCUUGGAAAAUUCUGUCCAAUCACUCCACGAGAUUAACAGCCUUCUCGGGUUAAAUCAACCAAAGCCAGAAGGUGCUGAGGUGCAGGGUGAUGACGAUUUCUGGUUGGAAUCAGAGAACCCCAAAGGGAAGAAAACGAGGAAACACACAGAGGAGAGGCCGGAGCAAAAGAAGGGAGACAUAUGGUCCGCAUUGCAUGGAAACUUAGGGUUGCUCGGUCAAGACCGUUCAGUAUAG